AUGAGCCCAAAAACGCAAGUAUCUACAAUAAAUGUAGAUAUCGGGAAAGCUAGUGCCGAAACGCUUCUAGCUGAGGUCAAUAAAAAACUGGAAAUAAUUUAUCAAACACAAAAGAAGAUUGAUGACCUAACAGAGGCCGUGGUUUUCUACGCUGAACAGUACCAAAUGAUGCUUAAUUUUAAGGAAGCCGCGGAGAAGAAAAUAACUGCUUUGGAAAAUAGAAAUAAGUAUUUACAAAAGUGCAACGACUCCUUAGAAGAGAGGAUAAUGUUCUUGGAACAAAGAGAAGUGGAGAAAAAUAUUGAAAUAGCGUGCCUGGAUGAGUCACAAAAGGAAGAUACAAAGAAAAUUGUUGAAAUUGUUGCACAGAAAUUAAAUUUAAAUACUGGUAAUAUAGAGGACGCAAAGAGGGUAGGUCGAGAAAAGAAAGAAGAGGGUAGGUCGAGAAAAGAAAGAAGAGGG